UCUCCUCUUUACUCAGCCACUCCUCACAACUCAUUCCAUGCUCCCUUCAUGGACAGAAGACAUUUUACACUCAAAGGUCUUUGUAUAGUGUAAACAGCAAUGCCAGCAAUCAACAUAGAUGAUCUAAGUGAGAAGGAUAAAUUGAAAAUGGAAGUAGAACAACUCCGAAAAGAAGUCAAAUUGGAAAGGCAGCCUGUGUCUAAGUGUUCUGAAGAAAUUAAAAAUUAUAUUGAAGAAAGAUCAGGAGAAGACCCUCUAGUGAAAGGCAUUCCUGAAGACAGGAACCCUUUUAAAGAGAAAGGAGGAUGUGUAAUUGCAUAGAAGAAUGCUGAUAAUUUUGAAACUGAGAAAAAUAACCAUAGUAUAGCUAGUUUAAUUUAAAUCUCAGGAAUCUUAUUGUACAAAUUAAAAGUUUUUUAAAAAAAAAUAAGAAAACAAAUGAUUGUAUUGUUAUUUCCUGAAACAAGUUUUGGCUUACCAUAUUAUUAAAUUUCUUUCAAGAGGC